CGCGGGUCGUAGCCCCUUGGCUGUCGUGUCCGAAACUGAGUUCACGCGCUUCAUUAUAUCUACUGUAAAAAUUUUUAAGGCAUAUAUCGUUUUCUCACAGUUGAUUAAACACAACAAAUUUCGUUUUGUUGUUGUUUACAUAUGCGUUUUAUUUAUUUUCUUCUAAUUCUCGGCUAAACCAUAAAAUAACAAAAAUGGCAUCAGCACCAUACAUGGAACAAUAUCUGGACAGUUUGGAAAAUCUUCCUGUUGAAUUACAACGAAACUUCAAUCUGAUGCGAGACCUUGAUUCUAGAGCUCAAGAACAGAUGCGCAACAUUGACAAAAUGGCUGAUGAUUUUAUGUCGAAUAUCAAUAUAUAUUCGGCAGAUAAAAAGAACGAAACAAUGAACAGUAUACAACGUCAGUUUAACAAAGCAAAAGAAUAUGGUGAUGACAAAGUUCAAUUGUCUAUUCAAACUUAUGAAUUGGUGGAUAAACAUAUAAGGAAAUUAGAUUCAGAUUUAGCACGUUUUGAAGCUGAAAUUCAAGACAGAGCUAUCAGUUCUACAAGAAAUGUAGAGGAAGGUUUACAAAAACGUGGACAAAGGAAGUUUAAAGAUAAGAAGAAAAAUGCGUCAAGUGAAGAAGAAACUGUCUUAAACAAAACAUCUAAAAAGAAAUCAUCGAGAAAAGGCAUUUUUUGUAUGGGAACUACAAACAAGUCAAGUACAGCACCUAGCAAGACACCUAUGGUCAGUGUUGUCCCUAAUUUGAUAAACCCUGCCAAUAGUGUAGCUGGUGUUCUAGUAGAGACUGGUCCUGUUACUGGUACAUUAGUUGCUGCUGGAGUUGUACACUCGCCUGAAGUAUUGGACAUGCCUGUUGAUCCAAACGAACCAACAUACUGUUUGUGUAACCAAGUUUCUUAUGGUGAAAUGAUAGGUUGCGAUAAUCCAGAUUGUCCUAUUGAAUGGUUUCAUUUUGCAUGCGUCAAAUUAACUACCAAGCCCAAGGGAAAAUGGUUUUGUUCAAAAUGUAUGACAAAUAAGAAGAAAAAAUAAUACAUUUUAAAUAUGAAAUUAAU